GGCGGCGGCCGACGCUCUGCCCCGCCGGCUCCCUGCGCCGCGGCGCGCGCCUCCCGGGCCCGCGUGACCAUGAACCUGGAGCGGCUGCGGAAGCGCGUCCGGCAGUACAUCGACCAGCAGCAGUAUCAAAGUGCUCUCUUUUGGGCAGAUAAAGUAGCUUCCCUCUCUCAUGAGGAGCCCCAGGACAUAUAUUGGUUGGCACAGUGUCUUUACCUGACAGCGCAAUAUCACAGAGCAGCUCACGCACUUCGGUCGCGAAAACUAGACAAAUUAUAUGAAGCAUGCCGAUACCUUGCGGCCCGAUGUCAUUAUGCUGCCAAAGAGCACCAGCAGGCACUUGAUAUCCUUGAUAUGGAGGAACCAAUCAACAAAAGAUUAUUUGAAAAAUACUUGAAGGAUGAAAGUGGCUUGAAAGACUCCUCCAGUGACUGGGAAAUGUCACAAUCUUCAAUAAAGAGCUCUAUUUGUCUUUUAAGAGGGAAAAUCUAUGACGCUCUGGAUAACCGAACCCUAGCUACGUACAGCUACAAAGAAGCUUUGAAGCUUGAUGUGUACUGUUUUGAAGCAUUUGAUCUUUUAACGUCACACCACAUGUUGACAGCACAAGAAGAAAAAGAGCUGCUUGAAUCACUACCUCUCAGCAAGCUGUGUCCUGAAGAACAGGAAUUGCUACGUUUUCUGUUUGAGAACAAAUUAAAAAAGUAUAAUAAGCCUAGUGAAACCGCCAUUCCUGAGUCUGUAGAUGGCUUGCGAGAGAAUCUGGAUGUGGUAGUAUCUUUAGCUGAGAGACAUUAUUAUAACUGUGACUUCAAAAUGUGCUACAAGCUUACGUCCGUAGUCAUGGAAAAAGAUCCUUUCCACGCCAGUUGUUUACCUGUACACAUAGGGACCCUUGUGGAACUGAAUAAAGCCAAUGAACUCUUCUAUCUUUCUCAUAAACUGGUGGAUUUGUAUCCUGGUAAUCCUGUGUCUUGGUUUGCAGUGGGAUGUUACUAUCUCAUGGUUGGCCACAAAAAUGAACACGCCAGAAGAUACCUCAGCAAAGCUACAACGCUUGAGAGAACGUACGGGCCUGCCUGGAUAGCCUAUGGGCAUUCAUUUGCAGUUGAGAGCGAGCAUGACCAAGCCAUGGCUGCUUACUUCACAGCCGCACAGCUGAUGAAAGGGUGUCAUUUGCCAAUGCUGUAUAUUGGAUUGGAGUAUGGCUUGACCAAUAACUCAAAAUUGGCUGAAAGAUUCUUUAGCCAAGCGCUAAGCAUUGCACCUGAAGAUCCAUUUGUUAUGCACGAGGUUGGCGUCGUUGCGUUUCAGAAUGGAGACUGGAAAACAGCAGAAAAAUGGUUUCUUGACGCUUUGGAAAAAAUUAAAGCAAUUGGGAAUGAGGUAACAGUUGACAAAUGGGAACCUUUGUUGAACAACUUGGGGCACGUCUGCAGAAAACUGAAAAAGUAUGAUGAAGCGUUGGAUUACCACCGCCAGGCUCUGGUGCUGAUUCCUCAGAACGCGUCCACCUACUCUGCUAUAGGAUAUAUACACAGCCUGAUGGGCAAUUUUGAAAAUGCUAUUGACUAUUUCCACACAGCACUUGGUCUCAGGCGAGAUGACACAUUUUCCGUUACAAUGCUUGGUCAUUGCAUUGAAAUGUACAUUGGCGACUCUGAAGCUUAUAUUGGAGCAGAUAUUAAAGACAAAUUAAAAUGUUAUGACUUCGAUGUGCAUACAAUGAAGACACUAAAAAACAUCAUUUCACCUCCGUGGGAUUUCAGGGAAUUUGAAGUAGAAAAACAGACUGUAGAGGAAACGGGGCUCGCACCACUGGAAACUUCAAGGAAAACUCCAGAUUCUAGGCCUUCCCUGGAAGAAACCUUUGAAAUCGAAAUGAAUGAAAGUGACAUGAUGUUAGAGACAUCUAUGUCAGACCACAGCUCGUGAUUCCCAACAGUGGUCCAGCUUCCAACUUUGUCAUAGUGUGGGUUCGUAUUUUCUCACGUCCUUGUCAUGUUUUAAGAAUUUCCUAUUUUUCAACAUGAAACCAAACUACAUCUCUACAUUGAGGAGCAGAGACCUGCCUUAAAGACUGAGUAGCACACCUUUGCAACAGAUGUUUUCUGACCCUACAAGAUAGCUCUGUGUUGUGGAAUAAAGAAUGAUGAAAUUGCUA